GACUUUCAACCUCUGGACUUUUGUAUGGACAAUUCAAAGGGUAGUUUAUUUUGGCAUGUUCAUAUCAGAUGAAUACCGGGAGAUCGCAGACAAACUGCGCCAGCUUCUUCAUACCAUCAGAGGAGCGGUGACAGAGAGGACGCGAUUCCUGCUUCUUCAUUUUCCCUCUUCUUAAAGGUGAAAUACAGGACCUGCAGUAUCAGAUCUGAGAUCUUCAAGCUCUACAGAUUCUUUCUGUCAUUGUGAAGAAACAUCUUGAAGAAUGAGAAGCCUGAUGUUUCUGCUCGUCCUGGUGAUCUUCUGCUCUCUACAGAUGACUUCAAGCGCUCCCAAUCCAACUUAUGCAGCAAAUCCAAAGUGCUGUAUGAAGUUCACUAAAGUGAAGAUUCCUGUGAGACAGGUGAAGUCUUACUACUGGAGCAGCAAAUGCAAACAUGCUAUUGUGUUUCAGACGAUUAAAGGGAGAGAGUUCUGUGUAGAUGCAGAGACCACAUGGGUGAAAAGACAUGUUGCUAAAAUGGACCAGAGAACAAAUUCUAAAACAAGCUACACUAUUUCUUUAACUCUGUAUUUCAUAUUGUUUAUUGUGCUGAUGGGUAUAUAGAACUAUUUUAUUCACAGAGUAAUUUAUAUGAUUGGGUUCAGUUGUUUUAAUAAUAAAAUAUAAAUGAUAAUUUUUA